AUAUAUAUCUAUGAACCUAUAUUAAGUAUAGACCACGUGCCUAAUGAGACGUGCUGUUUGGCCGGUUGCUUUCGAUACGGUACCACUCCGAUCCAGUUGUAGUCAAGCAGGUGUUAUAUUUCUCUUACGUCUCCCCUCACCAACGUUUUUGUGUAAGACCGUACGUUGUUGGUUUUUUAUUUUAAAUCGACAAUUCGAUCAGUGAAAAUGUUGUUUUUUACUAUACUUGCACAUAUUUUUAUUCAAUUCCGUAUCCCAAAACUACGGGUCUGAGUUGUCCAGUGACCGCAACAACUUGUUAUCUUAUAUUAUAAGUAUGUUAAAAUAACCUGAUCUGCAAGCAAUGAUUUAUUAUUGAAUUCAAAUUUAACACAUCCAUCACAUUGACUUAUUCAACGACGAAGUAUACUCGACGACUACAAGCUACAACUAUACAGCAAAACGACUUCGUAUUAAAAGAUCCAAGAAUUCACUGGAAAUUCAAAACAAUGAAAUCGACAACCGUACUCUACAGAUACAAUGAUAUCAGUCGUAAAAACGGUUUUUACAGUCUCAACAUAAGACAUGCGGCGAUUACCGGAGCUAUUUACACGUUGAAUAUUUCUGUCUUAGUUGUACUAAUAUACAGUUGGAUGAUAAGUUCAAACAUGAAAAAUGCAGUCCAUCUUCAAGAUGUAUUUUAUGGUGUUCAAAUCGCGUACUCGGCUGUAAUUGGAACAAAUUUGUUCAUCUUCGCAGCCAGUGUCAUAUUACUCCUUGGAAUCGUCAAAGAACGAGUAUCCCUAAUCGUACCUUGGAUUGUCGGUCUCAUAACUUUCAUGGCACUCGAAGCGGUUGCCAUUGUUUACUCAAACGUACUCAGAGACCAUGUAAAUAAGAAAUUCGACUCGUUCUGCAAAAUCGAAGUGACGUUUUACUUGAUACGGGCAGUACUAAAUGUGUUGAGUCUAUUAAGCGUGAUAAAAUUCUACAAUAUGGUGCGAUUGGGAGUAACGUGGAAAGGUCCAGAAACCAUUGAGCUGUGAUGUAAAAUUUCGGGACCAGGACGUUAUCCCGGUUCCAUAUCUUCGGCAGAAGACACUGACACGACUCUAUCCUCGAGCAUGGAUGAUUUCUUAUAAUGAAUACUGAUAACUAUUAUGUAAAUGUUGUUGUAUAUUUGUUUUGGUUGAAAAUAAUUUUUGAAAAAAACCCGCAAUGAUGAAUAAAAAAAUAAAUUUUAUUUUUACGUUA